UCCCCGUUCGUCUCCCCACAGGCGUAAAGUUACUUCCGCUGCUGUCCCCGUGUGAUCCAGGAGCGCGGGCUGAGCGGGGCGGGGCCGGCAGCGGCAGGAGGGGCCCGGAGCGGGGCUGUGGAGAACCCCGCCCCCAACGGAGGGGCAGCACCGCCUACCAACGCCGCGCGCGCUGCGUUCCAACGGCCCUAACUGCCGCAACCGUCACGUGUCUCGUUCUCUCGGCCCGGCGCCGCACGGGAUCCGUCACUUCCGGGGGGAGCUCCGGGCCCGCGGGAGAGCCGGCGAGGCCAACUCCCCAAGCCUCCUUUUCCAGGCGAGGCCAACUCCUCAACAUUCACACCAAUGGGGAGGAUUUAUAAGGGAGGUCCUCACACACCCCACUUCCAGCAAAGAGCACCGGCCCAUCUUUUAAAGGAACGGGGUAGGAUACCCUAUUGCCUCCGGUACGGUGGGCGAUUUCCAGGGACUUCCCCUCUCUCCGAGCAAGGGGAGGGAGCCCAUGGCUCCAAAAGGAAGAUCUGCAAACUUCAAAAGGAAGAUCUGGGGCUACAGAAUAACGUCCACGUUUCGCUCCAGAUCAUCCCCUCCUCCCAGGGGGAAGGAAAUGGCUGCAAUGGAGCUGGCUCAGGGUUUCCAGUUUCCAAACCUGAUGUGAUCUCACAGCUGGAACAAGGGGAAGAGCUGUGGAUCCUGGACCUCCAGGGCUCUGAGAAAGUAGAGCUCCCCAGAGGUGAUGGGAUGGUGAGUGAGAAUGAGGAGAAACCCCAGCAGGAAGAUGCUGAGCAAGUAGAACCACAUGGAACAUUAUCAGGAAGAUCCAAAGGGAAUGUUUUCGGGAGUUGUGCACUCCAAGAAAAAGCAAAAGCCUGUGAGACUCAGGAGAGGCUAGAGGAAAACUUCAGUAGCCACUCAAACCUUAUAACCCGCGACAGAAUCAACUUGGAAGAGACACGCUACACAUGCCAUGAGUGCGGGAAAAGCUUCAAUGGGAACGCUGCCCUUAUCACACAUCAAACAAUCUACACGGGUGAGAAAGCUUAUGGAUGCUCUGAGUGUGGGAAACGCUUCAUUGAUAGUUCAACCCUCACCUCACAUCAGCGAAUCCACACAGGAGAAGCGCCCCACAUAUGCUCUGAGUGCGGGAAACGCCUCAGUCGGAGCUCACACCUUAUCAGACAUCAGAGAAUCCACACAGGCGAGAGGCCCUACACGUGCUCUGAGUGUAGGAAAAGCUUCAGUCAGAGCUCACACCUUAUGAGACAUCAGAGAAUCCACACAGGAGAGACGCCCUACACAUGCUCUGAGUGCGGGAAAAGCUUCAGUUGGAGCUCACACCUUAUCUCACAUAGGAGAAUCCACACAGGUGAGAAACCGUAUGGAUGCUCUGAGUGCGGGAAAAGCUUCAAUCACAGCUCUGCCCUGAGAAGACAUAGGAGAAUCCACGCAGGAGAGACGCCCUACCCAUGCGCUGAGUGCGGGAAAAGCUUCAGUCAGAGCUCACACCUUAUCAGACAUCAGAGAAUCCACACAGGGGACACGCCCUACACAUGCUCCGAGUGCGGGAAAAGCUUCAGUCGGAGCUCAAACCUAAUCACACAUCAGAGAAUCCACACAGGAGAGACACCGUACACAUGCUUUGAGUGCGGGAAAAGCUUCAAGCGGAGCUCACACCUGAUCAGACAUCAGAGAAUCCACACAGGAGAGAAGCCCUACACAUGCGCUGAGUGCAGGAAAAGCUUCAGUCGGAGCUCAUACCUUAUCACACAUCAGAGAAUCCACACAGGAGAGACACCCUACACGUGCUCUGAGUGCGGGAAAAGCUUCAGGCGGAGCUCAUACCUUAUCAGACAUCAGAGAAUCCACACAGGAGAGACGCCCUACACGUGCUCAGAGUAUGGGAAAAGCUUCAGUCAGAGCUGUGCCCUGAGCGCACAUAGGAGAAUCCACACAGUUAUUUUUAUAGGUGCUGAGGCCCCUUUUCCUUUUGAGCACAGCUGUUUAACCCUCAGGCCUGGCUCUGGAAACCUCCCCAAAACUGGCCUUGUGUUUCUUUCAUGUUUGUUAUCUUUGGGAUUCACACAUCCACACUACAUGCGGUUCACAGCAACAGAUACUUUGAGAAAGCUGCUGGGUUAAGCAGGCCUUUUCCAAACUGACAUUGGCCCAAAGUCUGCCUCAAUUCAGCUGGAUUGGGACACGUCUGUAUCAAAGGAGUGGUUCACACCUGAUUUGUCCUGAGACCUCGGGGAAGGGGUAGUAAGAUAGCAUAAGGAGGAAUCGACAACAAUAAAGUUAAAGGUAAGGGUGAAAGACCCUCACCUUGCAGGUCAACAAGCCUGUUCUGUUCGUUACCUCUGACGCCUCUGGCACUGGUCGCUCUCAGGCAGCACUCUGGGCUAGAUGGAUGAUUGUGGCUUUCCUCAUCUGAAAGCUCUGCAGCAGAUGUGCAUGACAAUGUGAUCCCAGCACUCAGUGCUUGUUUCCCGAGCCCAAAAGCAGCGUUCCACUGUGGUCAGCACCUCCGUGAAUGCCACGAGCAAUCUCCUGUCGUAGCUACUACGUGUGGCAAGAUCAAUGUUGAACUCCUCUGCCUUUGUAGUUUAAGGAAUAACUCCACUGCCACUCAUGACAUGUAGCAUAUUCGUCAACAGUGUGGGAUCCAUUCCUGUAGUACGAAGAGGCAGAAUGCACAGUACACCAACCAUUGAAAGAUGGCGCCAAAUGCUGAUGGAGGUGCAGGGAUUGCUGGGAUGUGAAGCAAUGCCUCAUGGGCCAUUGGGACAGGACUCAGGAUGUCCCGUGACCCCCUCUGCCUUCUCACAACUCUUAGCAGCAGAAGAGGAAGCGAUGCACGGUGGGGUGAACACCGCUGCAAGUGCCGCAAGUGUGAACAUGCUAUUGCACAGGCAGCUGACAGUGUGAACACACAAUAGCGAUGUCCCUUCACCGCUCUGUGAGUGGCACUGAACUCCCAGCACUGUAACUCUGCCAGUGUAGACAUAGCUUCAGACAGACUGACUGCCAGGAUCCUGGGACUGAUCCCUCUGGGGAAUGAAGUACAAUGUCAACAAAACCCUGCGAGUCCAAAGUGCUGGACCAUCUAUGCCAUUACCUGGUUCCUAAACUGCAGCUACAGUUCCUACUCCAGGUGAAUCCAAAGACCGAGAGGAGCAGAGAUCCAACCCCUUAUCUUAGAAAUGCUUUAUUCCUUUUUCUAUUCUGUGUCUGUUUCUUUUUAUGAACUUGGAGACCUCCCAGCCUUUCUGUUACAUUGGGGUGUAAUAGUGCGGCUGUGUGUGUGUGUGUGUGUGUGUGAACACCUCUGAAAUCUACAAAGGAAAGAUGCUAGGAAGAAUAGUUCCCCAAAGCUUAAUAGCUUUAAAACUCUGCCCUAUGAAAUGACUGAAUGCAUGCUCCUCACCUAUGGAAGCAUUGCAAGGCAUUGAGCUGUCAGAUAUGUAUUGUUCAGCAAGAGCUGUUUGAACUUCUUUUACUAAUGUCUCUCUAAGGUUUGUAUGUGUUCUGGGUCAAGAGGGCGAGGAGAAGUGUUAGCUACACAAUAGUGACAUCUAAGGAGAAAACUGUAAUUGGCUUUGAGGUUGUAGGCUAAAUGUAAGCAAUAAUUUGGUUUUGAUGUUGAUAUAUUCAGCUGGCUAAAUCUGGGUUGCAUUGCCUGGGUAAAAGGCUCUGAUUGGGGUUUCAGCAUCACUAAAUAUGCACCUGCCUUUUUCGGUUGCUCUUUUAGGGUUUAUAAGGGUUGAUUUUCUGCUGUACUAAUCUGAUGGUUUGUCUAAAUUGAUGACUUGAUUCCACUGCAAUAUCAUUAACUCAUUGAGUUACUGAUUUGACCUGAACUUUAUCAUUGUAUUGUUUAACCCUUAGCUGAGUGGUGUCUAUAGCAGUGGUUCCCAAACUUUAACAGCCCGCCAACCCCUUUCUCUAAAUUGUGAAAUCUCAUGAACUCCCUCCUAAAAAUGAAUAUUUCCAGGGUUUUAAAUUUAAAUUUCCUCAGUGUGAUGGAUGUGCUUGCUUUGCUCUGCAUAGCUCUUUGAAGUCUGGAACCUUUGGAGAAAGAUAAAGUUUCAGGUCUGGUUUGGCAUCAAGUCUCUUUCUGUAUUUCGUUUUCAGAUGUGCAUACGAGGAAAAGGCUUUCUCGCAUAAGUAUGUUGUUGAAAAUGGUAACAAAACUGCAGCAGCUUUUUCUGCCAGAAGGGGGUACUCGUUUCUUAAACUCAGCCAAAAGUUGAUCAAUGACAGAUUUCUGAAACUCCUUUUCAGUUUGUAAUCACGGGAGAUCUCAAUCAUUUUCUCUUUUUCCUCAGUGUUCAAUAUCUGUGUUGAGAAAGUGGUAUCAUCAAAAGGGUUGCGAAUCCAGUCAUUAUCGCUGAUAUAGCUGGAAAGUAAUCCCUGAAAGUUGUGCAAAGUCCUUUUAGGUGUGCAGUUAUAUUGUUUUAGUGCACUGAUCCAACUGAAGUUUAUGUUCUGCCAGGAAGUCAUGAAGAUUACUGAAACACUGUUUGAUUGUUUUCCAAACAACUUUCCCAGAACUGCAAUUUCUUUAUCAUGGAUUCAGCUCGGUCUUGCACAUUGAAAACUGUUAUAUUGAGACCUUGAAGAGAGAAAUUUAUGUCAUUAAUUCUUGAGAAAAUAUCUGCUAAAUAAGCUAGGCUCUGGAGACAGACAUUAUUUUCCAUACAGCUGGCAAGGUGGAAAGGGUGGCUGUUGAAAAAAAGUAGGAUUUCCGUUUUAAGCUCAAACAAGCGCAUCAGGAUUUUGCCCCGUGACAGCCAUCUAACUUCAGUAUGGGUCAACAGACAAUGGUGUAUACUACCCAUUUCUUCACAAAGUACGUGAAAUAUUCUGGAAUUUGUUGACCGUGAUUUUAUGAAAUUCACCAUUUUCACUGCAUUGUCCAGCACUUCCUUCAGGCCCUCAGGCAUGCGUUUUGUUGCGAGGGCUUGUCUAUGGAUGCUGUAAUGAGUCCAAGAGACUUUUGAUGAAACGUUUUUUGUUCGAGCUACAAAUCCAGGAUACUUCCCCGUCAUUGAUGUGGCCCCAUCAGUGCAAAUGCCUAGGCAACAAGACCAAUCUAUUUCAUUUCUUGAAAAUAUGCAUUAGUCAGAUUGAAAAUAUUUUCUCCAGUUGUACAUUCUUCCAAUGCUCGGAAAAACAAGUCUUCUUCAACCAGACCUUCAUUCACAUAACGUACAAACAGUAGCAAAAUAGCUAGAUUAGCUUCAUCACUUGAUUCAUCCAACUGUCUAGCAUAAUAUGGACUGUUUUUCACUCUCUGUACAAUUAUGGUCUCUACAUUACUUGCAUGUCAUUAAUUCUUCGUGACAAUGUAUUAUUGGACAAAGGUACCAUGUCAAUCCUUUUUGCAGCCUUUUCUCCGAGCAUGCAAUGAACUACGUCUUUUAUACAUGGACCAAUCAAGCUCUCUGCUACGGUAUGGGCUUUUGAUGCUUUUGCUACUCGGUAGCUCACGCGGUAUUGUUGUACUUAAAGUACUGCACAGGAUCUUUUCAGGGGGAAUAAGACAAAAUGCCACAUUUAUUAGUAAUACAUGUAUUCAUUAACACUGUAUCAUAUGCAUAUAAUAUAUUACACUUACACUCACACACACACACAAACACACUCCGUCUUGUUGUUACAAAUUAGUUGCGCUCCCCUUAACUUCACUGGCCAGGUGAGUUAGAUGGGGGAGGGGUGGAGCCGGGCUUCUGCCGAUCCGGAUCGAUGCUCCCAUGUUGACAAGACGAGACCCGGGGUCCUCUGCAAGACACCUCACUUUUAUACCAGCUUCCCUCUUAUGCAAAUCUAUACCAGAUUCAAACUCUGUGUCUGUGUCCAUUGGUCCUUUGUGCUGCUUUCUUUUGAGUGUUGUCCCAAUGCUGCAAAGAGGGUGUUUCCAAAAGAAGGUGCUUACUUCUAACCCCCGAGGCCGUCAGUAUGUCUGCUUGUCUUUAAUGAGCCCACUUGACACGUUUUAUUGUCCUUGGGUCUGGCUCCCAGCCCCUCUCCAACAGUUGAGGCUGUCUGGAGGUGCUGCCUUCCAUGCCUUGCUCAUCCACACCUCAUUCAUUCAACAGGGCAAUUGAUUAAGAGUGGGGGGGGGGAGAGCUCUUGUUCUACUGCUAGCAAAAAGAAAUUUUUCUUCUAUCUUAUUCUAUCCUUAGGGGCUAUAAUAUUAUACCAAGGGCAAUGCAAAGUUUCUAAAUAAGGCUUUGAUACAAAGUCCCAUGAAAACAGAGGUCACACGUGGGUAGACCCACCACAAGGUUAUAUGAAGAGGCACAAUGUAAAGUCAUAUGAAAAUUAUCAGAGAUUUAUCUACAGUAUGAUGCUUCAAGUGCAUUUUCAUUAUCAGUACUUGCUUUGGAUAUAAAACUGGUAAUGUCACUUUUCCUCUCAGCUAAUUUUCGCUUGAAAAAAUCAACAGGCUUGUCGAGUUGUGCAGGAUGCCUAGUUUCUAAAUGGCACCAAAGUAGAGAAGGUUUGAGGCUGCUGUUUGCUAGAACAUCACCACAAAUCACACACAGUGGUUUUGGACAUUCUUGAUCACCAAUGCAUGUAAAGCCAUAUUUUAUAUAAUCAUACAACCAACAAACUAGAAAAUGAGAAGAUUCACUCAAGUCUCACUGAAGCAAAACAGCACUCCAGAGAGAAUGACAAUUACAGAGGCAACUUAACACUGCUACACUGGCUACAACGUGCUUCCGGCUGGUUUGGCUCCCAAACAGCUUUUCUUCCACCACGAGGUUUCUCCCUAGGAGGGUGUCCUGCGAGGGACAAAUUAGCUGGGAUCACCCCCCACGUACAGCACUGCUCCUGCUAACUCAGUCCUCCAUGCCAGCUUCCCCUGUCUGACAAGGAUAGGAGUCCAAGCUGCCACCUUCAGGUCUGGGGUUCUCAGCUGCCACCCUGCCCACCACAGGGCUCAGGCUACUGGCCCCGCACCAGGGCCUGGGCUGCCAGAUCCACUCUCCCUGGGGCUCUUGCUGCUGGACCCCAUUGACCGGGACGGUCAACUGAGCUCCACUGAGUUUGUGCUGCAGGUCCCGCUGACCUCUGGGGCUCGGGCUGCUGGCCCCAGCUGUCCGGCCCCACUCUCCCUUGGGCUUGGGGCUGCCAGCCCUUCCGGAGCGCUGGGGUUCGGGCUGCCGGCUACCCCUCUGACGGAGGCAUGGCUCGGGCUGCCAGCCCCAACUGCACGGCCCUGCUCUCCCUGAGGCUCUGGUUGUCUGCCCUGCAACCGUGUCCCACCUGCUGCCUCCAAUGUUGGGGUCCUCUGGCCACCAUUAAUGAUUUUUUUUCUUGCGAACCCCCUGUAACCUUCUGCGAACCCCAGUUUGGGAACCACUGGUAUAUAGUCAUUUAGCCUUAGUGAUGUGUGCUCUUGGAUUUAUUUGUUUGUGUUAAUAAAACAUGUAACUGGG